GUUUGUGGGUCAAGUCAACAAUAUUGUCCUCAUGGAUAUACAUGUGCAGGUAUCUAUCUACUCUCAAUAGGCGACAACUUUCAUCCGGUGCCUCUUUCCGUUGUUUCAAACCACAAAUAACAUUAGCCUGUCAAACUGACCAGCCGUGUGUUUUGAAUAAGAAGGCUAGCAGGUUGAUGCUAAUGUUAUCUAGCUUACGGUCGAUAUCCCGAGUUUAAUUUGUAGAAAUGAAGGGGAAAUGGAAGCAAAAAAACAGCAAAAAGAAGAAGGGAAAUGUAGUAUUACAGAAAUACAUGGUGUCGGUGGAUGAAUUUGUUAAAAGCAAAAGUGGCACAGAAGAAGCAGAGCCUGACCAUAGGUUGAGUUUUGUGAAAAAGAAAAGCAGAAAGGAGCUACGCAAAGAAAAGCGAAAAAUGAAAAAAGCCAAAAUGAAGAGUCACUAUGAGGGUAACAGGACCCUCAGUUUACCUGCAGGUGAGGGUGAAAACUCGGGGAUACCAGCUGAGAAACGGCCACAGGUGCAGAAGAAGAAGAAAACGGAGAAGGCAAAGAAAGAAGUCUCAAAAACACAUUCAGACCUGCCUGCUAGUGACACCACAGAAAAAUCAGUGAACUCUAAAGUGCCAUCAUCUGCCAAGAAAGGUAAGAAAAUUAAUAAGCUUCAGGAAUCAAGAAAAAUGGCACUCAUGGAGGCAAAUGAACAAGAGGACAGAGAAAUAAAGAAGCUAGAGCGCUACCUGGGAUUUAACAAAAGGAAAAACAAAAAAAGUCUCCCACAGUCCUUUGUGGCUGAUGGACUUGAUUACAUCCUCGGCAUGCUUGACUCUGGCUCAUCAGCUGUAGGUGUGUAUGAUGAUGAUGACGACAUGGACAUGGCCAAAGAGAACUUUGAAAAGCUUGACGAGACUGAGUCGCAGUUGUCAGAGGAGGAUGAGGAACCUGGAGAUAAAUCGUUAAGUGAAGGCAGCGAUGAAGAUAUGGCUUCAUUUGAUGAUGAAAAUGAGGAUGAGGAUGAAGAUGAGGAUGAUGAUGAAAUGGUUGAUGAGGAGGAGGAAAAGGAGGAUGACCAAGAGGAGAUGGAUGAGAGUGAUGGAAAUGAAGGGGAAACGGAUGAAGAAGAAGACACUCCUGAAACAAAGACAUCAGAAUCCAAGUCAGAAACUGUCUCCUCUACAGCUGGGAAGUAUGUGCCGCCUCACUUGCGUAACAUUGGAGAUGACAAACGCAAAGCUGAGCUUCAAAAACUGAAGAGGAAUGUGAAAGGCCUGGUGAACAGGCUGAGUGAGCCCAACAUGGCGUCCAUUAGUGGUCAGCUGGAGGAGCUGUACAUGAGUUGCAGCAGGAAGGACAUGAAUGACACCCUGACCGAGGUGCUACUAGCGGCCUGCGUCACCCCGUCCCUGAUGCCCGACAGACUGCUGAUGGAGCACGUCCUGCUGGUCAGCGUCCUCCAUCACGCCGUCGGGUUGGAGGUGGGGGCCAAUUUUCUUGAGACAGUUGUGCGAAAGUUUGACGACUUGUACAAGAACCCAAGUGAAAGCAAAGAGUGCGACAACCUGGUGGCCAUUGUUGCUCACCUCUAUAACUUCCAGGUGGUGCACUCCCUCCUCAUCUUCGACAUCCUGAAACUUUUAGUGGGAGCGUUUACAGAAAAAGACAUUGAAUUAAUUCUGUUUGUGCUGAGAAAUGUCGGCUUCGCCCUGAGGAAGGACGAUGCUCUGGCUUUGAAGGAGCUCAUCUCUGAAGCCCAACGCAAGGCCAGCGAUUUGGGGGCGAAGUUUCACGAUCAAACCAGGGUGCGUUUCAUGUUGGAAACCAUGCUGGCUUUGAAGAACAAUGAUAUGCGGAAGAUCCCAGGCUAUGAUCCAGAGCCUGCGGAGAGACUGAGGAAGUUGCAGAGGACUCUGAUCCAGCACAGUGCAUCAGGCAGUGACGUGAAACUGAGGGUCUCUCUGGACAAUCUCCUGGCCGCAGAGCAAGUCGGCCGCUGGUGGAUCGUCGGCUCCUCGUGGAGUGGAGCGCCCAUGAUAAGCGAACCAGGGAACACAACCACAAAACAGAACGCUGCUGAAGGAAAGUUUAGUGCCAAAGUCUUAGAGCUGGCCAGGAAACAGCGGAUGAACACUGAAGUAAGAACAAACAUCUUCUGUGUUGUUAUGACCAGUGAAGAUUACCUGGAUGCGUUUGAGAAACUGCUGAGGAUGGGACUGAAGGAUAAGCAGGAGAGAGAGAUCGUGCAUGUUCUGAUGGACUGCUGUCUGCAGGAGAAAACCUUUAAUGCCUUCUACGCUGUACUGGGAGAGAAAUUCUGCUCCCACGACCGCCGCUUCCAGAUGACUUUCCAGUUCAGCCUAUGGGACAAGUUCAGGGAGCUGUCCAACCUUCCCAGCAGCACCUUUAACAAUCUGGUUCAGCUGGUCACCCGCUUCCUUCAGGGAAAGUGCCUCCCACUCUCCAUCCUUAAAGUAAUAGAGUUUGGGGAACUAGAUAAGCCCACAGUGCGGUUCUUGCGUCAGGUGUUGACUAAACUACUAAAAGAAACCGAGCCGGAGGACCUAGCCGACAUAUUUGGAAGGAUUUCAGGAAUUCCCAAGCUAGGAAUGCUGCGGGAGGGCUUGAAGCUUUUCAUCAGCCACUUCUUGCUGAAGAAUGCCCAGUCACAGGGACCAGCUGAGCAAGCAGCGACGCUGUCAGAGCGCGCCCAGGUCGCCACCGAAGCCAUGGAGGCCAAAGAGGCCAAGCUCAAACUGUAAAACAACAGACGUGCUUUCAAACAGAAAUGUGCAACAGAAGAAGGCAAGUUGGAGUGAAAUACCUCUUAAUACAAAGAACAGAAACCUUCCGUUUACUUUAAAGAAGAAGAAAAAAAAAUGGAUAUUAAAUCAAUGUUUUUCAUUUAGGGAAUCCUUGUACAUAAUUUUUCUGUGAAGGUUUUUUAAUAUGGAGGGUCACAAAGACGCUUUCAAACAGAUUUAAUAUUGUGCUUUAAAUUACUGCAGAUUUAGCUUAUGUUUAAUGGUAAUUUGAUAGCAAUGCAUUAGAUAUUUUAACUCCAAGAUACAUUGUCCAUAAUGGUGCUUCUAUAUUUGUUAAAGAAACGGGGAUGAAAUAUCAGAAAGUAAUUUACCAUUCCAGAUUUAUUCUACAUGCACGCGCUGGAGCAUAAACAGUCUCAAUAAAUCAGACAUUUUGCCCAAAG